UCAGUUCAGGGUUUUUCGGGUUUACGGUAACCCGCGUGGCGAAAAAAUUAUUUAAACAAUGAUGCAUAAAUAAAGGAUCUUAUAAACUUCCCAUAUGAUAAUUUAAUCGAUCUCAUGGUGAAAUUGUGUCAAUAAUAAAACAGUGCGAGGUCUCGUUAAUUGCGGAAUCAUUAUGUUAAACAAAACGAAAUUGUUCCUAUUUUCUUUGUUUAUUUUGGGCUUUCAGUGUCUACCCCCGGUGACUGAAGAGAAUAAGUAUAGGAAGCAAGUGCCUACGCAUGAAGCUCUCUCAUUUAUGAAAAAAUACGGUUAUUUAAUAGACGACAAUGGCCAAUCAGAAGCAAUUUACUCGGAAGAGAACCUUAGUGGGAUCAUCAAAGACCUUCAAAGGUUCGGUGGCAUCAAUCAAACCGGAGUGUUUGACAACGAUACCGUAAAGCUCAUGUCGUCUCGAAGAUGUGGUUUACCAGAUAUCUUACCAAAGGAUAAAGAAAUCAGACGUAGAAAACGGUUUACUGUGGCGCAGGGAUGGGAUAAACGACAUCUUACUUAUUACAUCUCAAAUUGGUCUCCAAAACUGAGUGAAGAAAUCGUAGCUAGAAACAUACAGAAAGCUUUGGACAUUUGGGCUGGAUAUGGCCGUCUUAGAUUUACCAGAUCACCGACUCCCGAUGCUGAUAUCAUUGUGGCAUUCGGAAGUGGUUAUCAUGGAGAUUCAUACCCCUUUGAUGGCCCCGGAUUGGUCCUAGCACACGCCUUUUUCCCAGGAGACACCCAAACUGCUGGCUCAGCUGGAGACAUUCAUUUUGACAACGACGAACCUUGGGCAGACCUCUCAAAUGAGCAGAAUAAUGGAGAAAUCGUGGAUGGCACCGAUUUCUUCUCUGUCGCUCUCCAUGAGCUUGGACAUUCUCUGGGUCUGUCACAUUCUGCUGUACCGACAUCUGUUAUGUUCCCUUAUUACAAGGGGUGGGAGCAUGGGUCACAAACGCAGCUGGAUUAUGAUGAUAUUAUGGGAAUGUAUAGUUUAUAUAUUCAGAGAAGGAUACAAGAAGAUGAGUUGGCACCGAGUUAUCCUGAAUGGCAACCGACUACAGAAGAGGUUGCUACUAGGAGACCAACAAGUACUCUAAGGCCAUAUUGGACUACUCCUAGGGAAGAUAGGACUCCUGAUUAUAGAGAUAGGGAGGAGAUAACAACGAGAAGGUCUAGUACAAGAAAAUCAGAAAGAACAACUACUUUAAGACCAUAUUGGACUACUUUUAGGCAAGAUAGGGAGGAGAUAACAACGAGAAGAUCUAGCACAAGAAAACCAGAGGUAAACAGAACUCCUGCUCCUUAUCCCUCACGACCUAAAAGUGACGAAACAGGACAGCCUGAACAAAAACCCCCUGACAUUUGCAAGGGACAUUUUGACGCAGUUGCUACUUUAAGAGGAGAACUAUUUAUAUUUAAAGAUGAAUAUCUAUGGAGACUGAAAUCCCCAGGACAAAUAUACGAAGGAUACCCAACAAAAAUCCAUCGGAUGUUUCCAGAACUGCCCAAAGAGAUCCGAAAAAUAGACGCGGCAUACCAAAGGCCCAACGGAGAUAUUAUUUUAUUUACUGGCAAAGAACUAUGGAUAUAUAAUGGUGUCAAGUUUCUGGAAAAUAGUCCGUUGCCUUUGAGUUAUUAUGCUGGGCUGCCUGAUUAUUUGGAUGGGGUCGAUGCUGUACAGAAUUGGGCAAAAAAUGGUAAAACAUACAUUUAUAAGAAUAGCAGAUUUUGGAGGUACGAUGAGGAAACGAAGAAAAUGGAUGAUGACUACCCGAAACAUAUUGAAAGGUGGAGAGGAGUACCAGGAAACUUAAAUGCUGCAAUUACUUGGACAGAUGGAAUUACAUACUUUUUCAAAGGAGAGUUAUUUUGGACCUUCGAUAAUAACUGGAUAAUGACUACCCAUACGUCCCCCAUGCCUAUCGCACCCAUAUGGUUGGGCUGUAAAGAGCGAGUUAGCCAUAUUAAUAGAUUGUUUGAUAAAUCGGUGCAAUAAUGAAUGAUUUUUUUGAGUUUUAACAAUUAUUAUGUGUUCAGCAAAAUGUAGUAUAAAAUAAAUAGGUUAUAAAUAAAUCUGAAAUCUCAUGAA